AUGAAUGUGAACUCGAAACUUAUCAAAAAAGACAUACCGGUAUUUGUUACGCUAGAUGAACUAUUUCCGGAUAUAGCCAAGGUCCGACUGGCCCCUCGGAAAACUACAGUGCAGCGGUUAAUCACAGAGAGCUGCACUCCGAAAAGAUCUAAGACCGCCGACGGGAGCCUACGUUCCAGAACAACGGACCUGGAUAACUCGGAACAUGUUCUGUAUUGCGUUAGAUCUCUUUCUCAAAAUUAUUCCUGCAACAAUGAUGCCGUUGAAAUUACGGGUGACUCUUUAGAUGAUAUGGCAGAUGGGAUCGACAUCUCAGUGGCUGAGGAUCGAACGACUGAUAGUCGAGUCGCCGAAGAUGGGACUGUUGACUGGUCGGUGGUCGGAAGCUUAGACAGGCUGGCCACUGAAAUGCAAGUGGUCCCUCGCAAUUUUCCUGAACCCGAUCUCUCGGGGAACGAGAAAGACUUGUUUCUGAUGCUGCAAACAAGGAAUUUGGACGGUGAAGAUCUUGCGGACGGCGCGCUAGUUCUUCCAGACGAAACGGAGGAGGCUUUGCUCCCAGCGUCGUUUGAGAAUUCAUCCGUGGCCGAUACCCUUAGAUCAAGUGGCGACUCGACUGCAUCUAGCAGCACAUAUAUCUUGGUCACUACUAGGCCAGUCAGUCCUUGCACCUCCAAACGCUUUCCAAGGCCGGCCUGGUUCAAAAAGAAUGUCGCCCUGCCCAGGUUCAACGCCAGGACCACGGCAGAGACUGCCUCGCUGAUCAGGGACGAAGAGCGCAGUCAAUCAUCGACUGCCAACUACAACAUUGAUGCUGACGUAAGAGCGGGUUCAUCGCAUGUUACGUUCUCUGCGCAAGGGAAACACAGUUCCUUGCUUGCAGGAGAUUCGAGUGAGGUAGACCAACACGUUUACAAUCACAUGUUUGAGGAACAGACGUGUGGCAAACACGUGCGUGGCGAACAGGUGUGUGGCAAACACGUGUGUGGCCAACACGGCCAACACGCGUGUGGCCAACACGCGUGUCUUGACAAGCCAGGAGAUCCAGACUUGAAGACGGUUAGCGGCAAGCGCGUUAUUUCCAAAGACGUUAGUUGCACACCGUCUCAAGUGGCCUUUAAACUGGAGUCCCGUGCAACUUUCAGCAAGUAUUUCCUUAUGACAUUUAGUAGCGCGGACACCGUGGAAAGUUGUUCUUCAGCCAUUCCACUUCGCCAACUGUCGAGUGGAUUCAUGGAGAAGGCAUACGGCGGCAGACUCGAACCGUGCAUCGAAUCGGGCUAUGACUCCUAUCCGGAUGGAGGAGGCUGGCUCGGGAGAUGUGGUGAGAAACUUACCAAGUGGAAAUCCAUCGAUCGAACAUGA